UUCCUGUGCUAGUAAUUGGCGUACGCUUGUCUUUUGCACUUGCCAUAGUCUUAAUGGCCUGCUAAAUCACUUUGGAAGAGAGUAACUAAUAAAUAAAUGUCGUGUAAAUGUAGUGUUUUAUGGUCAAGGAACUUGUUUCGUGCCAGUGGCAAUGCUGUGAACUCACUGGACAAAGUGAUUUACUGGUGCUACGUGAUGAGAGCGCACUGCUGUGCGUUAGCGUGUGCUAACAGUGGUGAUUGAAUUUGCGCUGUAAACUGCCUUUUUCGUCCCAGGAUGGCUACCCCUCUCCUGUCCUCGAGGAUCAGCCCCGGUGCCCCCGCCCCGCCCCUGGACAAGCACAGCUCACACAGCGACCAGCAGCAGAUCCCCAGCCAGCACAAACCCUACACCCACUUCCAGGACCCGCCCGUACAUGAAGCAGGUUAUCAGGGCAGUUUCCAGAGCUGCUUCCAUUACAGAGAUAAUUACCGCAUGGAGCCGGUGGUCAGCGAUAUCCACGUACCGGUGGAUUCCCACUGCUUCAAUCCUCACCGGUCCAACGGCUAUGCCGUGAGGGACUCCAGCGGCAACACGGAGGGGUUCAGCUUGGUCCAGGACAUCCAGGCGGUGGGCGGCCAGGGCUUCUCCCCCAGCCCUGAGGAGAACGUCUUCUUCCAGGUGGGCGGCUUUGACCGCUGCCUGAGUCAGAUCUCCUCGGUCUACACCGAAUCGUGAGGGGGUUUGGGUUUUCGACACAC